GCUGCUCUAGUUUUGCACGGUAACAUCAAAAAUCCAAUUUUGUGAGCAAUUAACCAAAUCUCUGAAUUCUUAGGUGAAGAAAAAAACUUCUGUCAAAAGCAAAUUAUCUUAUAUACCUUUUGAAAUUUUAUUAGCAGUCUUCCCCAAGCUAUUAUCAUCUAGGUUUCAAUGACGUAUAAUAUGCCUAUUGAGUGUAUACAUUUGUCAUAUUGGGGUGUAGAACAGCCUGAUAAACAAAAUGACUACACAGUGUCACCAUGGCUGCUUCUGAGGUUUUUAAAAACUGUGGUUGCAGCUUCCCCUUUCUAGUCUUCAAAAAAGCGCCCUCCGCGCAUUAUCGCACAGAAGUGUUGAUCUGCAUGUGAUAAGCAGUGACUCUGGAGGAAAAUGUUUAAAGUUUAGUGCAAAUUUUAAAGGGAGGCGGAGAAAACCAUUUACAAUUUUACAAUAAACCCAAUAGCACAGAACAGCAUUCCCAAGGCUGUGGAACAAUAAAUCGAAUGGUUUCCUGAAAGAAAAACAAACACACAGCCUAAAAUGACUACAGAUGUAAUGGCAGGGCAAGAUUUCCACAACACCUCCCUUAUAAUCAGCACUACAGCAGAAAUACAAAAACAAGACCAUUUAACCACAAAAUGCAGCAAUUUCAGUUUGAAUGAUGGCAGUAUCCGGGUCCCGCUAGCAGUCUUCUACUUGCUCUUCUUCCUGCUUGGCUUGGCUGGUAACCUGGUAGCCCUCUGGGUGUUCCUGCGACUACACGCCAAGAAGAAUUCAGUGCGCAUUUUCCUCAUUAAUCUGGCUUUGGCGGAUUUGCUCCUCAUGAUCUGCCUGCCCUUCCGUGUGGCUUACCAUGCCAAUCAUGACAGCUGGAGCUUGCAUCCUGUGCUCUGCAGGGUAGUGGGCAAUGUUUUCUACAUGAACAUGUAUGUAAGCAUUGUUCUCCUGGGGCUUAUUAGUAUAGAUCGUUAUGUGAAGCUGCAGAAGACCUCGAGCAGGCAGAGGUUCCUCAGCAGUAAGCAGAGCAUUCUCACAUGUUGCCUCCUCUGGGUAAUAGCUACUGUUUGCAUAAUACCACUGAUAACCCUGGGUAAAGAUAACAGAUCCAAUAUGUGUUUCCAGUACAAACACCUGGACAAUGCCGAAUGGAAGGCCUACGUAAACUUGGCUGUUGUGGUUGUUUUUUGGGUGGUCUACGGCACUCUGGUAACAUCUUAUGGGAAGAUAGCAAUGGGGCUGCUUCAGGUCUCUAAAGAGAAGCCAGAUUUUCCAAAUGCGGCCAAGUACAGCAGAACAGCUCGGAAGUCCUUCUUUGUCCUCUUUCUCUUCACCUUGUGCUUUGUACCCUAUCACGUGGUGAGGAUCUUCUACAUCUACUCACAGAUCACAGACGUUUCAUGUCAGUGGAUUCAGUUAGUGGACAAGAUCAAUGAGUUAUCUCUGCUGCUUUCUGCGUUUAACAGCUGCCUGGAUCCAGUCAUGUACUUUGUGCUGUGCAGCUCAGUGCGAAGGACCGUACUGCAGGUGCUGCACAAAAACUUCUGCCUGAAGACUUCUGGUGGCUACAGCAGCUCCAGCUAUGAUAAGGGAAGAAACCAAAGGGAGCCGGCUACACAGAGCGACACCAGCACAUUGUAAAGAGAGACUGCCAUUCAUAUCGGUCAUCCAAAUAUAUGACUGACCUGGACAAUGGCUAUUCCACUCUGGUUCUUUUAUUAACCAGUAGCUCUGAAAUUGGUUUUUAUUAUCCUAAAUAAGCAAUAUCUUUCAAAGUAUAUGAAAAAUUGCUAAAUAAUAAUAUGUACAGCUGUCCAUACAAAGAAAUAAUAUUUCCAACAUAUUUUUUUCCAUUGGUUUUGUGUAUCUUCCCGUUUGACAAACCUGUUUUUCUCUCUGACUCAAGUUAGAAUAAAAAACAAAAAACAAAACAAAACAAACCAAAAAAAAACAGCCAACCAACUAACUUCACUAUUUUGAUCUGAAACAUUCAAACGUCAUUUCUGAAGAAAAUUGCUAUUUCUUUCAGAACUACAUAACAGGACGCAUUAAAGUCAAGUAAAGUCAAGUAAAUUUGAACACCUAUAUUAAUAAUUAUGAUGGGCUGCAUAAACAAUGUUACAGAAUUAUCUUUAUUUUCCCUAGUACAAUUUACUAUGUCCAAAUAUAGCAGCUGAAAAUAGACAAUAAAUAAGGGCUGCAAAUAGGGCACCAUCUGUUGACAGAAUAAUGCAUUUGUGGUAAACAUAAACAUUUCCUAAACAGAGUUUUGUGUUAUAAAAGCAAAAGCCAGGUUAGAAUCUAUGAGUUAAGAGGCAACAUGUGAAAUAAUCAGAGGAUGUGGUCAGAAAUGUAUCAGCCUCGUUCCCCUUUAAAAUGACAAAUCAGUUCAUGACAAGCUCAUGUUCUGAAGGCUGCAUCAGAUGUCAAGAGAAAACCAGCAAGAAAACAAAGCCAGUAUGUUAGCAUUCAGUUACGCAACAAACUGCACUAGAAUGAACGGGACAGCCUGCAAUAAAAGGUACACUCUUCAUCUUGCUUGUUUAUUGUAUAUAAUUUUAAGUCAAAGCAAUCUUUAUACACACUGCUGUAAUGAUCUUUAUAUAGAUGUGUGUCUAUGUUUUGAAACACACUUUUAUUCAGGCAGUAUACAGGUUCUGACUAGCACUAAUUUAUUUACUAAACUAUCUAAAUCUGUUUUAUUAGAUGUGUGUUCUAUUAUUAUAAUAACACUGCCACAUUGCAGUAACCCUGCAACUCUAAACCCCUGAGUGUCUACAUUUUUUGGUAUUUCUAAUACACCAGAUUCAAAUCAUUAGGUAAUUAUCAGGGCUUUACAAGCAGUGUGUGUUAGAACACUGCAAUCGCAAACAUCUACAGCAUGGAAUUUCAUAAUUUACAAAUAAAUCUAAAGUCAGUAUAGAAAAAGUAUUAAGCCACUGAAAUGUCUCGGUGAUUUUUUUUCUAGGUGUGGCCAAGAAUGAAUUGAAGUUUACUGUAGCCAAGAAUUCAUAUAUCAAGGCCAUUAGGGGAGUUUCUGAAGAUUUAUUUUGUGGCCACAAAGUAAAUAAGCCCUGGCAACUACUGUAUUUAAAAAUGAGUGAGACAGGGAGAAAGGAAGGGAAAAAAAAAAAAAAAAGAAGGAAAAAAAAAUAAUAAUUCACACUUCAAUCUUGAAAUGAUGUAUAAAGAUAUACUGGAGUCACUGGCAUUGCUUUUAUUAUUGCCUUUAUCACUGCCAAUGAUGAGAUCCAUAGAGGAUCUAUGAAUCUAACUUUGCAUGAACAGAAAUGUGAGACAGGAAAUUCACUAUCUUGUCAUCUAUUUUUUCAUGUUUCCCCCGCACUCCCUCUCUGGUCCGCAAAAGCUGUUUCCUGGUGCCUGAAAACUACCACUUCACUGUUCUGCCUUGGCUUUAUCUCCUUCUGACAAUCCUG